AUGGCAAACAAGAUUUCUUCUUGGUUAGAUAUUUCUGGACCAUCAUAUCUUGUAGAUACAGCUUGUAGUUCAACUCUUUUCGCUUUAGCCCAUGCGUAUACAAGGAUACAAAACGGAGACUGUAAUGCGGCCAUUGUAGCUGGUGCCAAUCUGUGUUUACAUCCUUACUUAACACAUCAAUUCUUUCGUCUUGGAGUAUUAUCUCCUGACGGUCACUGCAGACCUUUUGAUGAAAGAAGCGAUGGUUACAUGCGCAGUGAUACGAUUGCUGUGAUGUUUUUGCAAAAAGCAAAAGAUGCAAGAAGAAUUUAUGCCACGUGUGUUAAUAUUAAAUCUAAUUGCGAUGGUUUCAAAAAAGAAGGUAUCACAUAUCCAUCUUUUGAUAUGCAAAAAACUGUGCUAGAAGAAGUUUAUGAGGAAUGCAAAAUUGCACCUUCUGAAAUAUUAUAUAUUGAGGCUCAUGGAACUGGUACUCACGUAGGUGAUCCAGUAGAAAUUAAUGCUAUUGAUCAAGUUUUCUGUAAAAACAGAAAUAGUCCUUUAUUGGUUGGCUCAAUAAAAUCAAAUCUUGGACAUUCGGAACCUGCCAGUGGUAUAUGUCAAAUAGCAAAAGUACUGAUAGCAAUGGAAACUGGUAAGAUUCCAGCAACUCUGCACUACAAAUCACCGCGAAGCAAUCUUUCUGCUAUUCUGGAAGGUAGAAUAAAAAUUGUUACUGAACCUACACCAUGGAACGGUGGUUAUAUUGGUAUAAAUUCUUUUGGAUUUGGUGGUGCAAACUGUCACGUAUUGUUAAAAUCGAAUCCGAUAGAUAAGAUCAUGAAGCCAGACAAUUUACCUAGACUUGUAACUGUGUCUGGCCGUACCGAGGAAGCUGUUAAAACAAUUCUGGAUGAUAUUGCAAUAGUGGAUCUCUUAUUACAUAUUGGAAUUGUGCCCGAUUACGUAAUCGGUGAGUCGAUUGGUGAACUUCUGUGCGGAUAUGCGAAUGAACUUUUUACUGUUGAAGAAACAAUUUUAAUAGCGUAUUAUAUGGGUGUUACAUUUAAAGAAACAAAAGUAGAACAGUUAUCUACUGCUGAAUAUUAUGCAUGCAAUGUAGUAAAUUCAACACCACUCGAGAAACUUUUACCUUUGAUACCAAAAGAUGUGAUAGUUAUUGAAAUAGUGUCGUAUAAUAAUUGGCAGUUUUUUGUGAAUAACUUUUUGGAUUCAAGCUAUAUUUCAUUAUUUAAACACGGUCACCGGAACGAUAUAAAUAGUAUUUUAGAGGAAAUUGGAAAUCUUUAUAAUAUUGGAUUUCAGCCGCAAAUUGCAAACUUAUAUCCAUCAAUACAGUUUCCAGUCAGUCGUGGAACACCAAUGAUAUCUCCUCUAAUAAAGUGGGAUCAUUCUGAAACCUGGCACAGUGUAACGUUUUACCAUCAGAAGAAACCUGACGUUAGAGAACAAACUGAAAUCAUUACAAUCACGGAUAUACGUUUCGAUUAUAUGGUUGAACAUGUAAUUGACGGAAGAAUUCUGUUACCGGCCUCAGGUUAUCUAUUUUUUAUUUGGAAACUGAUCGCGUCGGUGUUAUGCUGUUAUUAUCAAAAAAUACCGAUUAUAUUCGAAGACGUUAACUUUCUUCGUGCUACUCACUUAUCAAAAGAAACUACAGUUAAACUGAAGUUUUCAAUACAAAAAUACAGUAAUAAAUUCGAGAUUACUGAAGAAGAUACUGUUAUUGUUACUGGAAAAGCAUGGAUUCCAGAUGAUAUUGCAAAUCAUAAACUACUCACUCAUAUUUUAAAUAAACCUGUACACGAUGUCAACGAAUAUAUGAGUACCAAGGAUAUUUACAAAGAAUUGCGACUUCGUGGUUACCAAUAUUCCGGUGUAUUUCAAGGCCUGGAAAGUGCAUCAAUUACAGCAAAAGUAGGACAUAUAAAGUGGUCAAAAAAUUGGGUAGCGUUUAUCGACAACAUGCUGCAAAUGAAGAUUCUCUCAAUAGAUUCGAGACAUCUUUUUGUACCAAUAAGAAUUCGUAAAGUAGUGAUCGAUCCUAAAUUUCACAGUGAACAAAUACAAAAUUCACCCGGCGAAAAAGCAAAAUUUCCUGUGCGCAUUUAUGAUUCUCUAGAUGUUGUAAUAUCUGGUGGGAUAGAAAUUCAUGGCGCUAUGGCCACAAAUAUAGCNCGUCGAAAAGUUGCUCAACCUAUUCACGAAGAAUAUAAUUUUAUUGCUCAUUGUGAUCGUGCCAUGAUGUCUCUAACAGAAAUUAUACAAAUGUCAGUGCAUAUUUCUCUGGAAUGUAAUCUAGUACUACAGGCAAACUUUAUUGAAUUAAUUGAAGAUGUUGACACAGUUACAGAGCAAGAUCUACUCUCCACAAUUCUUUACGAUAUUUUAAAUAAUUUGCCAUUAAUUCGACCAAAUGUUACAUUGGUUGCCACAGCUAAUCGUUUCGAAAAUAAUGAAUUAUCUCCAGAUAUCAAGCAGUCCGAAAAUGUGACAAAAGACGAAGAUUUCCUAAUGAUUAUUGUUUUCAAACUUUUAACAAAAACCAAAAGUGAAUUAAUCGAUACAUUAAUGUCUACAUUAAAGGAAGGUAGCUUUGUGCUGUCAAGAGAAAUUCUCACUGAGUCCUACAACUAUACAUUAUUACAACAAUAUAAUUUGAAUAUAGUUUUAGAAAAACGUACAGAGAAAGAGGCAUUUGUGCUUUUAAGAAAAACACAAAGCAUCGUACCGCAAGAAAUUAUAUAUAUAAAUAAUUCUGACUUUUCGUGGAUUAACAAGUUGAAGUCUGCAUUAAACAUGGAUAACAAAUUAAACGCAUCCAGAAGAACAAUAUUAGUUGCGGACGAUUUUGAAUGUGGCAUAUUAGGUUUUAUCAAUUGUUUACGAAAGGAGUUCAACAAAACAAGGGACAAGAUUAGAUGUGUAUUUAUCCAAGACAAAAAUGCGCCAAAAUUUUCUUUACAAGACUCUGUCUACAUAAACCAACUACAAUUGGACUUGCCUGUUAAUAUUUUACGUCCGAACAAAGUUUGGGGAUCGUAUAGACAUCUUCCGUUACCACAACUAGAACCAAAAUUUGUACAUCAUGGUUAUGUCGUUCAAAGUGUGCGAGGUGAUUUGAGCAAGUUGCGUUGGAUUAAAGGUCCGAUAUCUUCUGAUUACAAACAAGAAAAUCUCGUACGUGUAGUAUACGCAUCACUCAAUUUUAAGGAUAUUGUGAUAGCUACUGGUAGAAUUUCUAUGGAUGCUUUUGGAAGAAAAGCGGGAGAAGCCGAUUCUUUACUAGGUUGUGAAUUUGUCGGGUUCAAUGCGGCUGAUAAAAGAGUAAUGGGAGUAUGUACUCUAAGAGGAAUCACAAAUCUUAUUGUGGCUGAUCCACAUCUUUGUUGGAUUAUUCCUGACAAAUGGACGUUUGAGGAUGCCGCAACUGUCCCAGUUGCUUAUUGUACCAGUUGUUAUGCUCUGUACACAUGUGGAAAAUUAAAGAAAAAAGAUAAAAUUCUUAUCCACUGCGGCGCUGGUGCCGUUGGACAAUCUGCAAUUUAUCUCGCGCUUUUUGAAAGAUGUGAGAUAUUUACAACUGUAGGAACACCCGAGAAACGAAAUUUUAUAAGAGAAAAGUUUCCUUCUAUUCCCGAAGAUCAUAUAGGAAAUUCUCGAGACACCAGCUUUGAACAAAUGAUUAGUCAACAAACAAGAGGUCGUGGUGUGAACAUCGUGUUAAAUUCUUUAGCAGAAGACAAAUUCAAGCAUCUAUUCGAUGUUUGGCAAGAGGUGGUCGAUUUUUAGAAAUUGGAAAGUAUGAUUUAAUAUCUAACAAUACCAUAAAUUUAAAAGAAUUUUCAAAAGGCAUUAGUUUUUAUGGAGUUAUGUUAGAUAGAAUAUUU